ACCUUUAAAUGUCAAACUGACACUUCAUGUCCGUACAUUUUUGUCUGGCUCCGUAAUGAUUUUUAUUUUCACAAUACAAUAAAAAGUUAAAAGUGUAACAAGAACAUGGAGGUGUUUAACAAGUUCUAUUCGUCAGUAAGCAACACAGUUUCGCAAUUAUCUGGAGUUUUGCCCGGAAAUCCUGUGACAAGAGAAUUUGAGGCGACACAAUUCAUAGCCAGCGCUGGUCCAGGUCUACUAUGGAAAAUAUACAAAGGCUACAAAAAAUCCACAAAACAGGAAGCAUCAAUAUUCCUCUUCGAAAAGAAAUAUUUGGAAAGAUGGUCGAAACCAGACAGGGAUAUAAUGCUGGAGACUCUAAAACGGGGCAUCAUACAGCUGACGAAGUUACGGCAUCCGCAGAUACUCACGGUACAACAUGGACUUGAGGAGAGCAGGGAGAGUAUUGCGUUUGCAACGGAACCAGUGUUCGCAAGCUUAGCCAACAUACUCGGUAACACAGAGAACAUGCCACAACCCACACCAGCUCACAUAGUCAACUACAAACUGUACGAACUUGAGAUUAAGUACGGAUUAAUGCAGGUAGCUGAAGGUUUAUCGUUCCUACACAAUGAUGUAAAGCUUCUCCACCACAACAUAUGCCCGGAGUCCAUAAUAGUAAACCAACAAGGAGCUUGGAAGAUAUUCGGUUUCGAUUUCUGCAUCGCCAAUCAAAGUCCGCCAGGGUCGGCUCCGUUCUGGCCAUUCAAUGAGUAUUGUCCUGCUAUGCCGGCUCUCACUCAACCAGUUCUUGAUUACUUGGCUCCGGAGUAUGUUCUGUCUGCUACUCACUCUCCUGCCAGUGACUUAUAUUCUCUGGGUAUGGUGAUAUAUGCUCUGCAUAGCACUGGACAUCAGACUUUAGGUAAUGUAGGUAAUGACUAUGGGAAAUUCAAGAGAUUUGUGAAUGAGAUUAGAAAUCUGCCGCCUUCAAGGUUGUCGUGUGUAACCGAUGGAUUGAGGGAGUAUGUGAAGCUGCUGUUGAAUGCUACGCCUGAGUUAAGGCCAGAUCCUCAUCAGUUUUUGAAAAUUCAGUACUUCGAGGAUGUAGGUGUGAAGACCCUCAAUUACUUAGACUCGUUAUUCCAAUGGGACAACCUCCAGAAGUCUCAGUUCUACAAAGGUUUACCACAGAUCAUACAAAAGAUGCCGCACCGUAUCUGCAUCUACCGUAUACUGCCAUGCCUUACCAAAGAGUUUGUAAACCCGCCCAUGGUUCCUUUCGUGCUCCCCAACGUGUUACUCAUCGCUGAGAACUCUACGAAAGAAGAAUAUAUAAAAUACAUACUCCCUGUUCUGAAACCUGUGAUGAUGAUCCAGGAUCCUAUACAGAUCCUCUUAAUCUUUAUGCAGAAAAUGGAACUGCUUCUAAAGUUAACUCCGGGAGAGGAAGUGAAGUCGGAUAUACUGCCAAUGUUGUACAGGGCGUUGGAAUCGGAUGCCCAACAGAUACAAGAGCUAUGUUUGUCCGUUCUACCAACGUUUGCGUCCUUGAUCGAUUACCCGGCGAUGAAGAAUGCUCUCCUGCCGCGAAUAAAGAAAUUGUGUCACAAUACAAAUUAUAUAUCGGUGAGAGUGAACUGUCUGCUGUGUUUGGGGAAACUGUUGGAGCAUUUGGACAAAUGGUUGGUGUUGGAUGAGAUCAUACCGUUCCUGCCGCAGAUACCUUCAAGGGAACCAGCUGUGCUUAUGGGGAUUCUAGGUAUCUACAAACUAGCCCUAAGUCAUUCCAAGUUAGGCAUCACCAAGGAGGUGAUGGCUACGAAGGUACUCCCGUUCCUCAUUCCCCUCUGUGUGGAGAACGGCCUCACGCUGAACCAGUUCAACGCCCUCAUCACGUUGGUGAAGCAGAUGAUAUCGAAAGUGGAGACGGAGCAUAGAGCCAAGCUGGAACAACUUAAUUCUAUUAAUAAUGAGUCCAAGAUAAUGGAGCAAACAAUGUCUCCCACACCAGACACGCUGGUGUCAGCCCCGGCACCGCCGUCAGACCUGGACAAGAUGUUCACGGGGCUCGGCAUAGACCCGUUCUCCUUCAACCAGCCGCCCAGCAGGGAGAAGGAGACACCAGCCCUGACCGUCGUCAGCAAUAAUGGAAGACUCAGUAUUGAGGAUAAACAGAGGAUAGCGCAACAGCAAGAAAACGUCCGAAAGUUUUCGAACCAGCAACAACCGAAAGCGAUCCCCGCGCCACGGAGCAACGCCUUAACACACAAACCGGUGGACCUGGCCGCGACACUACUACAGUCCAACCUCAACCAACUGUCCAAACCCAUCCCCUCCUCAAUGUCCAACCCUGUCACCCCAAGCCAGGGCAUGGCACAACUUACCAACACACAUUUCAGCACCACAGGCAUGCCCGCAAACACCAACUUUGGUUACCAAAACCAAUUCACUCCGUUUGACAACCAACCAGCUCUACCAACCAACUGGAACGCACCACCUUCCGGAAACUUUAACAAUAAAUGGGCCAAUAACCAGAAUCAGUCGCAGGCCAAGAAACAGGAUUGGUCGGCCUUCGAAUCUCUAUUACCAACCCCUAAUAAUAACACCCCUUCAAAUAGUAACGUGAAGAAACUGUCAGAUAAUGAAAUGAUGGAUCUGCUGAGCUAAAUCCAAAGUGAUCGGUUAAUUAUCUAUGGUUAGUUCGGGUUGCCAGACAAAAAUGUUCAACAAACUAAAUUGUGGGAUGUGUCUAUGUUUAUGGAUUUAUAAUGCAACUACGUGAUUUAAAAAGUAAGUAAAAAAAUGGGAAAUGAUGAAAAUUUUUAGUUUUACAAUUUCUUUUUUAAUUGAAUCGCUUUUAUUUUAUCGUUUGACUGUUUGUCACAUCACAUUCCUGCCCGUAUUUAUUAUGAUUUAGGUGCAACAAAAUGAGGGUUUUAUUUUGUAUUAAAAUGACAUUUUUCUUAUUAAAUUUAUUAUUUAUUCGAAUUAUAUAAAAAUAGAAUAGCGUUUAAAAAUUAUUUUUAAGAACAUAUCAUAUUUAUUAUUUCUUGUCAGCCAGUGAAAAGGUCACUUUAAAAAUGGUAUUUUAUUUUAAUAAUAUGGCAACAUUUCGAAUAGUCUAUAAUGCUCUAAAACACCAAGCUUACUAUUGCUUUUAAACCGAUAUUUUAAUUUUAUUUUAUCGUAACAAAAUGAAAUGCUUCGAUUUACAGAAAGAGUCCUUCGAUUUUAUACUUUUUAAUAGUGACAUCUAUUAAAGAAAAUCUUACAGGUACGAUGUAAAGACAAAAGCACAUCAAGCUACUCACAAUCUGUCACUUUUUUUAAAUAAAAUAUCAUUUUCUUCAUUUUUUUAUCAUCAUAUCACAAGAAAAUGUCGUGGUUUAAUUCGAAACCUACCAUUCGAACUACAUUCGAUUUUUUGAAAUUGCCAACCCGCAUUGAACAAGCGCGGUGCUUAAUGUUGAGUAUCCCCAUGAUCACACCUUCUCCAUGCGAGAAGAGGCUUCUUUGAUCAGCAUUUACUGGUCGCUACCGCUGUAAUGUGAUGAUCAUAAGACGUCCUACCUACUUCACGAAGGCCUCCUCCAAUACUUUCAAAUGGCCGCUGUGAAGCGACCUGCUUCCAGCAGCUCCCUGAGACUUUUACCAGGUCAUCCAUUAUAGUUCUGUAAAAAAAUUGCUAGAUUUGGGGUAGCUUGACGUGCUUUCGUCUGUAUUAGGGAACUAGGGAAUUGAAUUGCAAAAAUGUAUUAAACUAUUUAGGAUAGAAAUAUUUUAUAUGUACAGAAUUCUUGAAACUCUUGGCCAAUACUAUAUCUACUAGUCUUUUGCAAUACAACCAGUGUUUUAGUCUUCUCGAAACUUAUUUAGAGUCUUAUCCCCUUACUUUAGAGUCCAAAAUUGCUUAGCGUUACUCUUAUGUUGUAUAGCAAGAGGCUGUGAAAUUGGACACCUCUGUGUAUUGAAAAACCAAUCUUAUGUUUAUAGUGUAAAGGUAUUAAUUUGCUCGACUCUUUUCGCAUGAUAUUCCGUUAGUAUGUGUAGUCGACGCACUGGGUACUGACACAAUUUGAAUAUGUAUGAACACAUCAAGUAAACCCUUUUUGGUCAAUUUUGAAUGAAUCCUGAAAAGCUUCCUGAUGGUGAUAUAGUUUUUCAAGUCCAUCCGAUAAUUACGGAGCCUAUUUAAUCCAAACAAUUAUACUCCUUGUUAUUAUAUUCAUAGAGUUCAUUUUUUUUUAUUAAAUCUUGUCAAUUUUGGUUGAUGAAUUGCCGCCUUCUCCCAGUGCGUUGUCUACCGUAGAUGUGAUACAUUUAUUUUUUAAACAGACUGCAUCAGAUGUGAUCUCUUAAAAAUAAACAACUUACUAAAUGUA